AUGUCCAACACCACAUCCCCGCCACCGGGGCUGCCACCACCGGCCACCCCGUUCGACCCGCUCAACCAGACGUCCUUCCUCCUCUACGGGGACGGCAGCACCCCGGUCCCCUUCAACACCUUCAACGUGACGCAGAUCUACCUGCAGGCGACAUCGCUCUCGAUCCUGUACGGCACACAGAUCGGCGCCUGCUUCAUGACGCUGGUGGUGGUGCUGGGCAUGACGCCGCGGGCGCGGUUCCGGCGGCUGCCAACGCUGGUGAGCGUGGCGGCGCUGGCGCUCAACACGGCGCGCAUGGUGCUGCUGGCCGUCUUCUUCGUCACGUCGUGGGUCGACCUGUACGUCAUCGUCGCGCAGGACGCCACGGUCGUCCCGCGCUCCGACUUCUACCUCAGCGCCGCCGCCACCGUCCUCAGUGUGCCUGUGACGGUCCUCAUCCUCGCCGCGCUCUCCAUCCAGGCCUGGUCCAUGCUGCGUCUCUGGGGCCCGCUCUACAAGCUCCCCGCCGCCGCGCUGUCGCUCGUGCUGGUGCUGCUGACGGUGGCGUUCAACAUGAUGACGACGGUGAUCCAGACGCGUGCGAUCCUGUACGCCGACAUCAGCCAGAUCGCCGACUGGGUGCGCCAGACGUACCUGGGUCUCAUCACCGCCUCCAUCUGCUGGUUCUGUUUCCUCUUCAACAUCCGCCUCGUCAUGCACAUGUGGACCAACCGUAGCAUCCUCCCCAGCCUCAAGGGCCUCAAGGCAAUGGACGUGCUGGUCAUCACCAACGGCAUCCUGAUGUUCGUUCCCGUAAUCUUCGCCGCCCUCGAAUUCGUCCAAUGGGACCGCUUCGAGCCCGGCUCCAUAACCCAAACCUCCGUCAUCAUCGUGCUCCCCCUGGGCACCCUUGUCGCCCAACGCCUCGCCAACCCAGCUUGGUUCGGCACGGGCCACUGCGCCGCCGACACCUCCUCCUCAGCCAACACCACGGGUUCCGGCGCGGGAGGAUCGUCGGCCCUCUCCCGCGGCGCGCUGUCCGGCACUACUACGGCGACGAGCGCGCGCCGCCCGCUGCUGACUAGCGUGCGCAGCAAUACGAGUGCGGAGUUGCUGUUUAAGCGGGCGGUGGAGGAGGCUGAGGUGGUUUAG